AUGACAUCUAAUAUUGCUGAGUCUAUGAAUGCAGUCCUCGUCUAUGCACGUUAUUUGCCAGUCACUACACUUUUGGAAUAUGCUCAUGCACUCUUACAGCGUUGGUUUUACGAGAGGCAAAUCUACGCAUCCAGUCGCGAAACCAUUCUCACUGACUAUGGUGAGAAUAAGAUGCAUACUAUAGAGAACUUCUCUCGUAUUCACUCCAUCACACCCAUUUACCAUCACGAGUUGGAGGUUAGCAAUGGACUAAAAAGAGUGCGUGUGAAUUCAAAUGCAAGGACCUGUGGAUGUAAAGACGGCCACCUAUGGAACGUGAACAAGUACACACUAUGCUCACCUGCAUAUACUCUUCAAACUCUCAUUAACGCAUAUGCCGAACCUGUGUACCCUCUCGGUGAUGACGAGGAUUGGAUUAUACCUGAUGACUUUGUCGACCGUAAAGUAGAGCCGCCCAAAUAUGUUCCACGUGUUGGCCAAUGUCAAACUGUAUGA